CCAGCCCUUCUCUAAUCCAGUCUCCCUCCGCUCCUCAUCUCCUCCGACGUUCAAUCCCGUUUUGUUUUCACUGGAUUAUUGUCGCCGUCUCCGGUGAUACAUCCAGCAUUCAUUGUUAGGGUUAGGGUUUGAGUUUCUCAAUCCAGAAAAACUCGGUUCUUGAUUCUGAUUUUAAACGGAAAUAUAGGGUGGGAUUUCCUUUUUGUGAAUUCCGUGGGAAUUAGGGUUUCGAAGAGCGUAACUGUAUAAUGCCUUCGUUGCCCAUCGAAGCUAUUUUUCUCCCCCUGAUUCCUUCUCUGGCUCUUUUUCAUGGUGGUUUAGGUUCCCAUCGUUUUAAACAUCUCGAAAAGGGUGAUCGGCUUGGUGAUCGUAGCUAACAUUAGGAUCCUUUUUCUUGUUUAGUGUUUUCAGUUUUCUCUUUCUCUCUCUUGGUGCUCUUUUAGGUUCCCUGUUUUAGGUCUCCUCUCGCACGAGUCAAGGAAUCAUCUUUUUAAGAAAUCGGAGUCUCGAUCGAUUGUGAACUGGUGCUUUCCGGUGGUUUUUCUUGCGAUUUCUAAAUAGAAGUUCAUUUGUUGUGACAGCUGAUUUUCCUAAUGGACCUGUAUUGCCGAGAUGCUGAUGACCUCAGUGACAUAAAGCGGGCUAUACUUAAUGGUUAUUUGAAUGAGGAUGAUGAUGAUGAAUCUGAUGGAAAUGAAAAUAGUGAUGUUGAGGAGUUUUAUGAAGAACUGAAAGAGCAUGAGACUAAACCUGGUCCGAACUGUGAUGCUUCUCCUAAAGAAGAUGAUGAGGAAUUUGGAUCUGCUCUGAGGAUAAUUUUUGGCGAGGAAUCUCUUUUUCCUAUUCCUUUGAACCUGAUGUCUGCUAUGAAAGGUAGCCGUGAGAAACAAGGCAUAUUGCCAAAGAAGCUGCUGACAGUUACAUGGGCCCCUGAUGUUUAUGAUCCUGCACCAUCCAUUGGCACAGUACAGCUAGCUAGAGGCAUGAAGCAGAAGAAGUCCAAGAAGAACAACAAUGAAAACAACAAGAAAAAUGGAAAGAAAGGGCAGAAGGGCAGCAACUCCUCACGGGGUGGGGGUGGUGGUGGUGGCAAAGACAAAAAACAUCUCCGGAGAGGUGGGAGUUCUGAACAAUCUGAUGGCGUUGAUGAGUUUGAAGUUGGCAGUCCUGACCCCUACUGUGGAAGUAGUUUUCUUAAAAAAUCACACACAAAGAUGCACUACAGUGUUGCAGAAGCUUUGUGAGUUGAUUAUCCUUUCCACAUCAUGGACAAAGGCUUGGUCCUUGGUAUUGUGGAUAAAUAAGUAAUUUUCUUUAUCUAUUUACCAUGGAUCUGAACAAGUUAGAACGUCUAAUGCAACCUUUUGCUGUCUAUUUUAGUGCCUUUAAAAUAUAUAAUUUGACAUGCUUUUACUCAUUCCCAGUGUAUGAACUCUAUUUGGCCUUGUUAAUAGUAGUAUGCUAUUAGUUUAGGAUUUUAAUAUGGUAGGAAAUGCCAGUUAUUUU